AUGGAUGUGUUCUUCGAGACUCAGAGUGGCGACAAGUUCGAGAUUGAAUUGGGUUAUUGGGAUACAAUGUUGGAGAUCAAAGAGAAGAUCGAGAAGUAUCAAUGUAUCCCUGUUUCUAAACAAACCCUAAUCUUCCAAGGAGUUGUUCUUCAAGAUCAUCUUGAUAUCAAACAAUGUGUGAUCCUCAACCACUCUCAUAUCCAGAUCUUCGUUGAACCUAACCCUAACCCUAAUCCCAACAACGCUCAAGUGCUUCAAACCGAUAUAUCUUCACCUUUAAACUCAUUCAUAGAUAUCGAUAACUUUCUAGAUUCCCCUGUUUCGACGAGCGUCAAGUUUGGGAUCAACAACGACGAUCACGUGCUUCAACCGGAGAAAUCUACACCGUUUAACUCAUCCAAAGAGAUCGAUUACUUUCAAGAAUACCCUAUUUCAACGAGCAUGGAGCUUGUAAGCAACAACAGUGAUCAAGUGCCUCAACCGGAGAAAUCUACACCGUUUAACUCAUACGAAGAGAUCGAUUACAUUCAAGACUACCCUGUUUCAACGAGCAUGGAGCUUGUAAGCAACAACAGUGAUCAAGUGCCUCCACCGGAGAAGUCUCCACCGUUAAACUCAUCCAAAGAGAUCGAUUACUUUCAAGAAUACCCUGUUUCAACGAGCAUGGAGCUUGUAAGCAACAACAUUGAUCAAGUGCCUCAACCGGAGAAGUCUCCACCGUUAAACUCAUCCAAAGAGAUCGAUUACUUUCAAGAAUACCCUGUUUCAACGAGUAUGGAGCUUGUAAGCAACAACAAUGAUCAAGUGCCUCAACCGGAGAAAUCUCCACUGUUAAACUCAUUCAAAGAUAUCGCCAACACUCAAGGUCCGUCUGUGAAGCGUAUAAAAUUGGGAGGCAUCAACAACAGUCACCAAGAUUCGACUAUGAGGGUUAAUGACUUAAGUACCCUAAUCUAA